AGCCCUCUCCUCAGAUCCACCCACCUCUCUCAAUUUCUCACCCAUCACCCCUGGCCUGAACCCACUUUCUCCUCCUUCCUCGUCCGUUCGCCGGCCGCCACCCGCCACCCGCCGUCGUGAUUAGUGAGCGUGGGUUUAGGUUUUCCGCCCCUGCUGCUGCUUCCAUUUUCUGCUCGCAGUCGCUGAGUCGCAGAUUCUGCAAUGCAAAGGGUAUCUUCAAUCUCGAGAUUUUUGAGGAGCAUAGCCUCUGAGACCAAAACCCAGGUUCUCUUCAAUGAACCUUGUCGGCGCGCCUUCUCUGUGGUUUCCAUUGGAGCAGCUUCCCAGAAAUCGCAUCAACCGGAGAUUCCGUGUGAUUUCCAGAAAUGGGGUUCGCUUGGAUUCUGCAGGACGUCAAGGUUUGCCACUGGGUUCAGCCCCUUGCAACGGAAGCCGUUGGAUUCCAUUGUAGAUGUCGAGAGACUCAAGGUUCGGGAUCCUGAGGAUAUUGCUUCAGCUUGGGAUGAUUAUCACAUUGGAAGAGGUCAUAUUGGAGCAACUAUGAAAGCAAAACUUUAUCACUUGCUGGAGCAUAGAGCUUCAGAAUGCCGAUAUUUUGUCAUUCCUUUGUGGAGGGGAAGUGGUUACACAUCAAUGUUUGUUCAAGCCCAGGCGCCACACAUGAUUUUUACAGGUCUUGAAGAUUACAAGGCCAGAGGAACACAAGCAUCUCCCUACUUUACUGUGACCUUUUACACAGAAUUUGCAGAGAGCAAGGACCUGGUACUUAUCCGCGGGGAUGUUGUAUUCACCAGCAAGCUGACUGACUCAGAGGCAAAAUGGCUUUUGGAAACUGCUCAGUCUUUUUAUUUGAAUGAUGUGAGGUACAAACUUGUUGAGAGGUUCAACAGACAAACACGCGAGUUUGAGUUCAAGGAUGUCUUGCAAGCAUUGGACAUGCCUAUUUUGUAACCAUUUUUAAUUAGACAAAUCUUAAACUAAUUAAUAGCAUUGAGGAUAGAGAGGUUUCUUUUCAUCUUUUGUUGUCAAAUUCUUUUUUGUUUGUUUGUUUGUUGGACUGAACUUUCUACUAUAAUCUCUGAUGCAGUAUUUUUUGUCCCUUUCUAGAUGAACAUUCUUAUCUAGUUUCAAUAAAGGAUCUUGGUUUGGAACUU